AUGAGCAUGGUAGCGGAUGGGACGUGGAAAUGGGUGAAGCCGCCACCUGCCAGCAGACAGUUCGCCAACAUGAAUAAAGGUCAAAAGAGGAGAAUAAAGAGUAGCAGAGACAAACUUUUGAAAGAGCUGAGUUGCCAAAUCUGUCGGGACAUGAUGAAAUCUCCUGUGACAAGGCCUUGCGCACAUAACUUCCGCAAGGAUUGUUUAACCGCAAAAUUUGCUGGGAUCUCUCAAGUGAAUGUGAGGAGCAGAGGUGGGCGCACGCUACGUGCUAAAAAGAACGUUAUGAAAUGCUCUUGCUGCACUAACGACAUUGCCGACUUUCUCCAGGAUCCACAGGUGAACAGAGAGUUGAAGAGUCUGAUAGAGAACCUGGAGAAGAAAGAGGAGGAUUCUGAAGAAAACUCCUCUGGAGGAGGAAACACAGAAGAAGAAGAUGAAGAUGUAGAUGAAGAAGGAGAGGGAGUGGGAGAGAGGGAGGAAGAAGGAAAAAAAGAGUAG